CUGAAAUGAGAAAUUACUACGAGUUGGCAACUCGUAGUGAAAAAAAGUUAAAUUAUUUGAAAUAGGUUGUGAUGAGAAUGAUGCCAAUCAUUUUGCUAAGCUUCUGGCUAUGAACUGGUCAAAGAUAUUCGUACCUAGUGCUUGUGGUACUUGCUCUUGUGGUGCUGCUUGGGAUAAGCGUGAUGUAUCAGAUGACUGGCUGGAUGUGGAAGGCUGUCAUGUGGCGUAUCUUUAUGAUUUCCACUGUGUGAAUGUGUAUUAUCGACUGUGUUCUACAUGCACAAACAAGAAGCGGUACGAUGGUAUCGAGAACAACGUCUUGUGGUUUGGAUCAUUUUCCAUUUCGCAUGCAGUCCUCAAAGAUUAUAUAAGGCAUUUUUUGGUUUCAAGCCUGCCCAUGUAUAAAUAUUACGUGACGUACGUCCAAAGACAAGUUAUCUCAGUAAAUUUGAAUUUUUCUGGCAUUAUAACUUACACCAAGUUUCGUCUGGCAGUUACUGCAAUGAUUAGAUUACUUGACAUUGACUUUGUUGACGCUUUUCAUUGUAACAUCUGUGGAAAACAUCCGAAAAAAGUUGUUAUGGACGGUACGGCACUUGGUAUCCAAAAAACCUUCUUGCCUCGUAAGGUAGCUCCCCAGAAGGCCCUACGAUGGAUGGAAGAUAAGUUCGAAACGCGGAACUUCCUCAAUCGGAAGAGGCAGAGAGUUGUUGAAGAAAUUUAUAAAGAACCAAAUUACAGAAGACGAACUCGUGGAAUUAACCUCGGAAGUAUUUGUUACGGCUUUCAAGUGAUGCCCGAUCAUGAAUCACCCAAUGUUCCUUUUACCAUUUUAAGAACUCGAUUUUCUGAAGCUCCUGAACUAGUGAUCUAUGACAACGCGUGCAAACUACACGAGUACUGCCUUAACCGCGAUCCUGCUUUUUUUAAAAAAUCCAAAUUCAUCGUCGACAAGUUUCAUUGGAGAAACCAUUCUGGUUGCUCUGAGGGAUACGAUAUUAAUAGAUAUCCCAUUUUAAAAACGCACAACAGCCAAGCUGCAGAGCAGUGUAACUCUGUAAUGAAGCCACUUGCGUCAAUGGUUUCAUACAUGGAAUAUGACAACUUUUUGCUAUUUUCGAAAUUGUAUAUUUGGUACAGAAACAUGUUGCGCAUAAUAAAAUGCAAUCCUGGACGGGAUGUUCCAGAGGGAAACGUUUCUUGCAAUCAGCAAUAUUAUCAGAUAAGUAGUAUUUGA